AUUGUCGGAUUUGUAUUAGUAGUGCUAGUCCUAUCAUAUGUUCUCAUUAUUUUCGGCUGUAAACGGAGAGCAAAUGUCAGAAUUGGAUUGUCGAAUGCCGAUCAAGUUACCCGCAAGUUUGUUCAAGCGCCUGGGCCGCGCCCUUGGCCAAUAAUCGGAAACUUAGAUAUAGUCGGCCGUUUUAAGAAUCCGUUUGAAGGAUUUGAAGCACUAACAAAUCAUUAUGGUGAUAUUUACUCCUUAACUCUUGGUCAAACCCGAUGUCUAAUAGUCAACAACCUGGAGUUGAUAAGGGAGGUUCUCAACAAAAAUGGAAAGUUUUUUGGUGGACGACCAGAUUUCUUGCGGUACCAUAAACUGUUUGGCGGUGACCGGAAUAACUCUCUUGCACUCUGCGAUUGGUCACUAUUACAGCAAAAACGACGAAAUUUAGCGAGGCGGCACUGCUCCCCCCGGGAAUCGUCAUCAUAUUUUACAAAAAUGUCACGUAUUGGUUGCGAAGAAAUUAACAAUUUAAUGCAGAAGAUGAGAAAUGUUAUUACGCCCGGCGAACCAUUUGAUAUUAAGCCUCUCAUUCUCAAGGCAUGUGCGAAUAUGUUUAGUCAAUACAUGUGCUCAAUGCGCUUCGAUUAUGAGGACACCGAAUUUCAAAAAAUUGUGCAGUACUUCGAUGAAAUCUUUUACGAAAUUAAUCAAGGAUAUCCAUUAGAUUUUCUGCCCUGGCUUUUACCGUUUUACAAAAAACACACGAAAAGAAUAUGUCACUGGUCUUCAACUAUUCGGAAAUUUAUUUUAGAUCGUGUUAUCAAUCAAAGAGAGUUAAAUAUCGACAUAGAUGAGCCAGAUAACGACUUCACUGAUGCACUUUUAAAAAGUCUAAUGGAAAAUAAGAAUGUUUCCCGUAACACAAUUAUAUUUAUGCUAGAAGACUUUAUUGGUGGUCACUCAGCCGUAGGAAAUUUAGUAAUGCUUUGUCUAGCCUACAUAGCAAGAGAUCCAGAAAUUGGUAAUAGAAUUCAAAGUGAAGUAGAUUUUAUAUCCGAAAAUGGACAAAGAAAUAUUACAUUGCAUGAUAUGGAAAACAUGCCUUAUACCAUGGCUACUAUAUUCGAAGUUUUGCGAUACUCAUCGUCUCCAAUUGUGCCACAUGUGGCUACAGAAGAUACUCAGAUAUCAGGAUAUGGCGUUACUACCGGCAGUAUUGUGUUUAUAAAUAAUUAUGCACUUAACAUGAGCCAAAAAUACUGGAGUAAUCCCGAUACUUUUUAUCCAGAACGGUUUUUAGAAGAAAAAAGUAUAAGUGUUGCAACAUCAUCCAAAUUCUAUGAGAGUAGGAGAUGCUCCGAGGAAUCCGAUUCAGGUAUUGAAUUCGAAAAGGAUGCUGGAAUAUACCACGACUUUGUCAAAAAUCCGUAUAUCAGACGAAAUAGUUUAGGCAAGAAUUUAAAUGGGGAUUGUGAACCACACAAGUAUCAAUUAAGAAAAAAUAUCCCCCAUUUUUUGCCAUUUAGUAUUGGAAAGCGCACAUGCAUUGGACAGAAUUUAGUGCGUGGAUUUGGCUUUAUCAUGCUUGCAAAUAUUAUACAAAGUUAUAAUAUAACCAGUGCCGAUCUUUCAACUAUCACAAUUAAUUCGGCCACCGUCGCAUUACCUGCAGUUACAUUUCCAUUAGUAUUGACACCUAGAAUGUAAUGUGUAUAUCCCAAAUAUAUGCAUAUAAGGAAUCUUACUAUAAGAAUUUCUUAUCAAAUAUCCUAAAUUAUUUUAUUGUGUAGCUCAUAGUCAAUAAUAUAAUUAAUUACCAAUUAUUUGUCAGCUCAGAUAGUUCAUUUACUCGAAAUUUUUGUUAAAAAAAACAGUUAACGUUAUGCCGGAUUUCAUUAGUUUACAAAUUUUGGUAUUGUCAUUUUCGUGUAAGACUGUAACUGUUAUUAAAAGGCAAUAAAAGACAAUUUAUACAUAUUAAAAGUCUAUACUUUAAGUCUAAGCGCAGUAAAGUUCAUGACGAGUUUUUCAAAAGACUGAAAAUGUGUACAUUAAUAUAUUUAUAAUUAUUUAAUUGCGAUGUCAAAUAAAAUGUUAUAAUACUAUGGGAAUCUUA